UUUUCUAAGAAAAUAUGGAAAAAAAUAGAGGCUCAUCAUUCAGUCACCAAGAAGAUGAGCUGUUAUGUCGAGUGUAUUUAGAAAUUUCACAAGAUCCAAUAGCUAGUAAUAACCAUUCUAUCAAAAAAUUAUGGGGUCAAAUAGAAGAAAUCUACAAUGAAAAAAAAAUUGAGAGUUGGGAGAGUAGGUGCAGUAGAUCUUAACAAGGUAGGAUGAGUGUUAUCAUCUAUGCUGUUAGGAAUUUGACGAGUUGUGUGCACCAAGUGGAGAAUAUGCAUCCAAGUGGAGCGUCUGAACAAGAUAUAAUGGACAGAGCAAAGCACUUAUUGAUUCAAGAUCCAAAACUUAAAAAAGGUUUUAAAUUUGAACAUGUGUGGGAUUUGAUGAAAGAUAUUCCAAAGUUUACCGACAAUGUCCACAUGAAUAUUCCGGAAACUCCCACUGCUGGAAGCGAUACGGUCAGAUCUCCAACAUCACAGUCUCCUGGAUUGUCUUCAUUUUCAAUCAACUUAAGCAGUGAAGAUGGUGGAUCAAAUUCAUCACAAUGCCCCAUCGGAUCGAAAAAAGCAAAACUGAAGAGAAAAAUGGCCGAAGGUAAUAAUUCAUCUACUGACUCAGUGAUUUCAUCAAACGAACAAAUCAUUGAUCUUUAAAAGAAAGUGCAUCAACUAGGAAUAAAAAUUACGAGUUGCAACAAUUACGUCUCCAAAAUCAGGCUAAAAAUAGCCUUAAAAGAACGAGAACGAGAUGAUAAGAUAUUAUUAACAAAUUUAGACUCUGUCGAUGUUGAUACACGUGAGUAUAUGCGAUUGGAAAAAGCGAGAAUCAUGCAAAAAAGAACUCAAGAGCAGCAACAACCAUCAUUUGAUCCAAAUAUUUAUCAACCAUAUUUCGAUUAUCUUGGAGGUUCAGGAUCUGGAUAAACGAAUAAUUUCGAUUACAGCCACUUGUAAGAUAUGUAAUAUAUGAAUGUUUAUGUAAUUUGCUUUAGUUUGUGCUAAGUUUGUUUAAUGUAUUUUAUUUUGUGUUAAUUUUAUUAAUGUAAUUUUCUAUUAUGUGAAUUUUUAUUAAUGUAAUUUUCU